AUGGGAUGUGGAGUUUCUAGAUAGUAAUAGGAAAGAUUGAAGAGUUAUGUAUAUAGUAUAAGUGAUUUUUAGAAAUAAAAAUUGGAAGAAUUAGGAUAAAUAAAUGAUUAAUUAGCAAAAUAGAUAGCAGAUUUGAGAGAUGCCAGAAACAAGAGAAAACCUAUCUAUAUUAUUAAAGAUUAAGAGGUAUUAGGAAUAUUAAAGAUUUUGAGAGGUUGAAGAAUUAACUAAUUAUAAGGGAGAACUAGAGCGGAAGUUUUAUUUGAUUGAAAAAGAAAUUUUACGAGUUAAUAAAUAAUUACAAAUAUAAGCUAAAGCAGAACCAAAGAAAAAAAGAAAAACUACUAAACCUAUCGAUAUUGAUGAUAUAGCAGAUGAAGAGGAAUGGAAAAAAGUUUGUUAAAUUUAUAUUAAAAAUAGAAUAUGAUGAAUGAUAAUGAUAUCACAAUUAAACCUUUUGAUGAUGCUCAACUUGAAAUAGAAUCUAAUAAUAUUGAAAAGAAAGAUAAUAAUAAGAGCUCUUAAAGUAAUAUAUAUAAAUUUAUGUAGGUGAUAUUUUAAUGAUGGAUUCCUAAUAAAAUAUUAAAAGAUAAAUAGCACAUAUUGAAUAAAAAGAUGAAAUCAAUAAUUAAGAAUAAUAAUUACAGUUUGACAGUAAAAAAAUUAUAAUACAAAAUGUACAAUAAAAUGAGUAGAAUAAUUUUGAUAAUUAAUCAAAACUUGAAUAAUAAGAUUUAAAUAAGAUUAAAGUGAGUAUCUAAGAAGCUUUGGGUGAUGAUCUAUAAGCAUAUAAUGAUGAAAUUAAAAACAAAUUAUUUUCUUAAGAUUUGAGUAAUCAUCCUUAAUAAACAUUAAAAAAUAGUGAAAUUGAAAUCUGUUUUAAUGAACAAUCUUUAGAGUAAAUAGUUUAAAGUCCAGAAAGAAAUAUUACUACAAUCCCAAAAAAGAGUAAAUAAAAUUAACAUCAUACUUCAACUUAAGUUUAAAAUAAUUAAUAGUAAAAAGCAGAAAAAUAAUUAUUCUUCUCCAAAUAACAAUCUUCUAAUAAUAAUUAACAAAGAAGUUCAAAGUACAAAUAUCAACUAUGA